AGGUCAACAAGUCUUCUAUACCGCUGCAACCAGCUUCAAGCGACCAGUCGAACAACUACACAAGUAAAGAAUAUCGACCCACAGAUGACAUCUCGGAGAUGAGUUGAAAAACCGGACUGUACCAUUGCUUUCGGCUGUAUCAAUACUACACCAGCAGGUCCGGUGUCUACACUCUAACAACACCUGCACAGCUGUUUGUUUGCCUUGGCACGUGAACGACAACAUAAAAAAUACCUGGACAUACCCCUUCCGAAAAAAACUCCAAAACCGAUGGCAGCGACUGAACAAGAAAAGGGCUCUGGAAGACGUAGAAAUGGGUACCGGUUGGCGGACGUCUCUGCCACGGAGGCAAAACAACGUACCGAGUGUUCAGGUGUGGUGGGCUGUAGUCUAAGGGAGCUGCCUGGAUGGAGGGUGGCGAACGGUUGGUGUUCACCCUUCAUCCUGAACGGCUACAUGUACAACCUGUCAACGGCGCAGUGCUUCACAACACCUUUCCGUUGGACGAACGAGACAUUGAAUUUCUGGACGUCGUUUCUGGCUGCGGUGUAUUUCUCGUGUCACUUGGUAGGCGUCGUUCUUGCACGGGAACGUCAGGAUUCUUUCGACACCCUAGUCCACGCCUGUGUCCUCGUGUCUUGUUUACCAUGCUGCCUUAGUUCCGCUGCCUGGCACCUGUUCAUCAACCACCGCAGUGAGAGAGCGGCACGGCUCGCUAACGUGGCAGAUAUCCUGGGGGUGUGGGUAGCAGGGGGAGGCACCUAUGUUCCUGUGUUCGCCUACGGCUUGUACUGUUAUCAGGGUUACAGCAGCCAGUACCUGUUAGGCCUAGCUGCGCUGGUACUGGUGCUGAUUUUCUGCACAGUUCGCGGUAUGAAGUCUCAUCCCUUCAGACUGUUCCAAGCUGCUCUCUUGCACUUGGCACCGACCCUGGCCUUACUCCAUGUCUGGCUAGUUCUGGAUCCAGAGUUUACCAACAUUCUUACUAGGGUUGUUUGGAACAAGUGGUUCUCCACAUACAUGAUGCUUUUUCCAUUCAUGUUGGCAACCUACACUGUGAAGUUUCCAGAGAGGUUUUGGCCAGGAAAGUUUGACUACAUAGGACAGAGUCACACAUUGUGGCACUGCUUGUACAUCUACGCCCUGUACUGCUGGCACACUGCAUGCUGGGAGUUUGCAGACAUGCGGCAGACACACCCGUGUCAAGUUAGAUAGCGACACCCGUAUUGGCCGAUCCACACUGCACCAAUAGCCUUGAUUCACACUUUGUACAUAUACCCUAAUGACAAUCACUGUUGCACAUCUAUAAAAUGUACUUAAGAGGGAGGUACCAAGUACAAAAUUAAUUUUGUAUUCAUCUUAACAACAGACUUGCUCAGGUAUAACCUUUUCGUCUGUUAGUAAGUUAGUGCUGAUACAAAGUAUAUAUGGUACCCAGGGGGCUAUGAUAGUCGUCUACUUACC